AUGAUACUACCGUAUACAUUUGAGGUACUAUUCGAGUCGAUUGCGUUAUUUGGAACGUUCAAUGAUCUUGAACAAUUUGUUGGUAGUUCAAUUAUUUAUUUAACAAUGAUUGGUGUCUGUGGAAAAAUGGCGAAUAUCGUUAUAAAACGUAAAGAAAUUUUGAAUUUAAUCAAUAUUCUUAAAGCUGACCCAUGUUGGUAUCGAAGUGCUGAAGAAAAAAAUAUUCAAGAUAAAUUUGAUAAAACUAUCAACUAUCGAACAUUGGCCUUUUUGGUUGUAACAGAAUCAGUAAUAGUGAGUACAGUGAGUAUAUCAAUAGUACGAGAUACACCAAAUCGAAUAAUGUUUUAUAAUUCAUGGCUUCCAUUCGAUACAUCAACAUUUUUUGGAUACUGGAUUGCUUAUAUUCAUCAAGUUGUAGCUCACUUUUGUGGUGCACUAGUAAAUGUAGCAUACGACACUCUAAUACCAGGUUUAAUGCUCAAAAUUUGUUCUCAAUUGAGUCUUCUCGAGUACCGAUUGAAAUUACUGUGCGAUAAUAAUUAUUCUUCGAAGUCAUCAGGAAAUGUUAAGCAAAAAGAAAUGGAUGCGAUUUCAGAAUGCGUUAGACAUCAUCUACAAAUAUUUCAAUUAUCUCAAGUGGAAAUAAGUGAUCCAGAAUUUAUUUCAAUGAUAAUUUAUGGUCUUUGUAUGCUUGCACAAAUUUUUGGAAGUUGUCUCGCAAGUACCGAGUGCAAUUUGAAGGUACGCAUAUUGUCUUAA